GAAAGAUGAUGUGAUGUGUUGCGCGAAGUUAGGAAAUUAAGGAAAAAUUGGAACGCAAGUUAUUUUUGUAGACUUACAAAUUUUCUUACUGUUACUUUAGUGCUAAAGUGCUUAUAUUUAUUUGCUAUGGACGAUAUAGUUUUUAUUGGUGACUGGGUGAAAGACAGGAUUUUAGGAUCGGGAAGUUUUGGAAUCGUGGUAUUAUGGAAACAUAAACACACAGAGGAAAAACUUGCUAUGAAAACUUGUAAAUGGGGCCCUGAGUUAACGGCAAAACACAAAGAAAGAUGGACCAAAGAGGUAGAGAUGUUGCAAUGCUGCAACAAUCCCAAUAUAGUUGGAACGAAAAAUCUGCCUCCGGAAUUUCUUGUAGGUUUAGAGCGUGCUAAUCCAUCGAAAUUGCCGAUACUGUGUAUGGAAUACUGCAGUGGUGGUGAUUUACGACAAGUUUUGAAUAAUCCCGACGCAUGUGGCGGCUUGAAGGAAUCCCAGGUGCGACAAAUUCUCAGCGACAUCAGAAAUGCAAUGCAAUUUUUACAUACGAACAAAAUUACACAUCGUGACCUUAAACCUGAAAAUAUAGUGUUACAUAUUUUGGAUAAUUCAAAUAAUAAUAACCAAAUGCAGAAGAAAGUGGCUUAUAAACUGAUAGAUUUAGGAUAUGCCAAAGAAAUUGACUCCAACUCUGUUUGUGCCAGUUUUGUUGGUACUUUACAAUAUCUUGCACCAGAAAUUUUCUAUAGUAAGACAUACAGCAACUCUGUGGAUUUCUGGUCUUUUGGCCUUUUGGCUUUUGAGAUAAUUUGUGGAGUUAGACCAUUUCUUCCAUAUUUGGCACCGGUCCAAUGGAUGCCCCAUGUUAAGAAAAAAUCUCAUGAACAUAUAUGUGUGUAUGAAACAUUUCAUGAAGACAUAGAGUAUUCAAAUGAAAUAUUUUCAGAGAAUCAUAUAUCAAAACCAUUGAAAUCACUAAUGGAGAAAUGGUUGCAAGUCGCUUUAGAAUGGGAUCCUAAACUACGUGGUAGGGAUGCACCUUCCAAGGUUACAUUCAACAUACCAUCGGAGGAAAAGGAAGCUGCUAGUAAAGUUGUAAUAUUUGAUCUACUUGAGGCUAUAUUAGCUAAGAAAAUUAUUCAUGUUUUCUCAGUUACAACUCUAACAAAUCUAGCUUACGAAAUUAAUGACUCUACAACAAUAGAAACAUUAAAAGCUUUGAUUAGUGCAGACACCAAAAUUCCUGAUCAGGAACUAACAAUAAUUUCAACCACAACAUAUAUUGAUCUUGAAAAUAAUGAUCAAGUUUCUAAAUAUUGGAAUGACAGUGCAAUUCCUAUGUUAUAUGCAUAUGGAAAAAAAAUAAUUAUUGAUGAUAAUAUAGAACCGAUAGUACCAAGUACUGUAAGAAGAUGCUUAGAACAUCCUAAAGCUUUGUACAAUUAUAAAAACAGUCAAAAUUUAUAUAGGAAUGGAUUAUUUUUCAUUCUUUCCCAAAUGAAAAUAUAUGAUUAUCUUAUAAAUGGUCUGUUUGCUAGAGCUGAAUCAUUAAAACAUAAAAGCAAACAACUUCUUGUGAAACAUAACUCUGUAGAUAAAGCCUUAGGAAAGCUUCUAGCUCAGAAAGAAAUGAUUAUGAAGAUGACUGAAGUGGGAACAAAACAUGUGGAACAUUUAAAAGAGAACAGCAUUGGUACUAAUUUUCUUGGUGGUUUUGAGAAAAUAUUCAAAGAUGUCCAUGAUCAAUCGGAGAAAACUGACAAACUGGAGAAUGCUUGGGCACAAAUAUCAAUUAGAUUGCAGUCCGCAGUAAGAAGAAGUAACGAAGCAACUUCUGCUGAUCUCAACAACUUUGUAACGAAAUAUAACUUUACAACUAUAGUAACUAAUGCAAUGCGUGCAUACAAUGCAUUUAAAAAGAGUGAAUUUUACAACGAGAAUAGAUCAAAAGAUAAUAAAAGUCAAUAUUACAAUGUUUCUGAUAUUGUACGUGCAUCAUAUGAUUGUCUUAAACUUCGAAGUAAAAUACUCAUUGAAAUGCAGAAUCAUGCAUUUAUUCUUAAAAUGAAAGAUUUAUCUUUGGAAUUGUCUAAAAUUGAUGAUGUCAUAACAAAUGCGGCUGACAAUACUGAUAAACUUGCCACUGCUUUGACAACUUUGACAGAUGAAUUGACAUCUUGCAUGUGGUCUACAAUAAGUCUUGUUAUUAGAGAUGCUGGAGAUAUAUCUGAUCUACCUUACAGCGUGGUGUCAUUCCAAAAAAGGGAUUUUAAAAUUGGUGCACCAGUAUCCAGUCAUUACAUACCUCAUAGAGAAAAAGAUUCACAACUGAAAUCACUUAUUCAGGAAAGUUUGAAGAUAAGAAAAAGUCAUUUAAGUCUUUGUGAAAGAAUAAACUCACAACAUACGUCUUUGCAAAAAGCUACUUUUGAUUUUAGUUUCUUAAAAGAUGAUAGUGUUUAAUGAGAUAUAUAUAAUAUCCAAAGAAUUUA